ACUUUACAACUUCACAAACCAGCUUUUUCCCCCAGUUCGCCCUUUUUUCUCAAGCCAUAAAGCGGCUACAGCAUUAUGAUGCUCUUUGCACGUUAUCUGGCAAUAAAAUCCAGUGAACCAAUCUGCCCUAUAUAGCUGGCGGUGUGAUUUUUGACCGGGUCACACGAGGGAGGACCAGCGCGAACUCGCCGCAGCGUGAACAAUCCCGCUGCACUUGGCUCCACUGAUAUCAGCUGCGCUUGACUUUAGACAGACUUGACACCACAGCAGCGGCAGCAGUAAACAUGUCCCGUUUCGCCGUCCGACUCUUCAAACUAGUUUCUCAGCACGCGACAGCCAGAUCCGCGGUGUUACCGAGGAGGAUUUCGGUUUCCAUCCGGCCUGUGUCCACGUCUCAAGGCUUGCAGUCCCUCACUCGUUAUAAUGAGAGUACAGACUGGCAGAAGAAACUGACCCCAGAGCAGUAUGUAGUCACCAGAGAGAAAGGCACUGAAGUGCCCUUCAGUGGGAUCUACCUUAACCACUUCGAAGUGGGGAUGUACCACUGCGUCUGCUGUGAUGCUCCACUUUUCAGUUCAGAGGCUAAGUAUGACUCUGGGACAGGCUGGCCUGCAUUCAAAGAGGCUCAUGGGACAUGGGAGCGGGACGAAAGCUCCGCCUCCAUCAUUCGUCGCCCUGACAACAGCCUUGGUAGCACUGGGACAGAGGUCCUUUGUAAAAAUUGUGAUUCUCACCUGGGUCAUGUGUUUGAAGACGGGCCGGACCCAACAGGUCAGCGGUUCUGUAUCAACAGCGUGGCCCUCACUUUCAAACCUAGAGCAAACAACACACCUGAAAAGGAUGAAAAGGACUAAAACACACAGUUAUGUUUCAGUUCUCACCUGUUCUUUUAUGACAAAUUGAAGGACCAUCUAAAUGUCAGAGGAUUCAUUCCACGGUUCUGACAAACACAUAUUUACAAGUGAGAGCUUUUUGUGCCACAAAGUGUCUUAAUAAUUGCAUUUUUGCAGGAAGAGGACUAAGAGAAUUGAUCUUGUCUCUUGUUAAAAAACACUGGAUUUAUGCACUGGAAGGAAGUCGACAUACAGACCGUACAUGCAUCACACACACUAGUGUAAUCAGCUUUCCUAAUGAAAAACAUACUUCCCCCCAAAAGUCACUGUAUUAACUGUUUUCAUUAUUCACAAAUGUUCAUUCAGUUAGUCAUUUUGUUUUCAAACUGAAUGUAUGACUGUCUAUAUGCCCGAAAAAUGUCAAAAUACACUGGCCUAAAUUCAUUAGACCUCUUUGUCUGUAGGUAUUGCAAAACACAGUUAUGCGAUUGCUGCUUCAUGUGUUUAUCAGUCUGGAGUCACAUUUACAGAUCAAACUGCGUUAUUUUCUGUGUUAGGAAUUAUGAUGAUAAGUUGUCAAUAAAUUCACAUUUUUGUGUA